CUCGAAGACGAGCAAGGGUUUCGCUCAUGCAGACAUUGUGCUGUGCAGUGACAACAGUCGAGAUACAGGACGGAGACAAGGUAGUUCAUCAGCUGUUCACUGCUCACAGCCAAAGAGAAAAACUCUAAAGAGACAGACCUGUGUUGACCACCCUAUCCAAGAACAGCUUUGGGAUCCCUGGGUUCGCGAGAAAAGCUGCCCGAGAAUCACUACCCACACGUUACAGACAGUAGAGCUACUGUUAAUGUACACAGCCUUUCUGCUACAAUGAAUGACGAAGAGAAUGUCCUUGAGGUCAAUGACACAGUCACAAAUGUGACUUUACCUUCCACAAUGACUCCUGAAAAUAAAUCUGAAACUCCUUCAGAACUUAAAAAGGCGCCUCCAGUGGCACCCAAACCUGCCUGGUUUCGCCAGAGUCUGAGGAAAAUUAAGGAUGAUCAGGACCAGAAGACGCAAGCAAAACCAUCAGAGCAAACAUCUGCUGCAAGCUUCAGCAGAAACUUUGGUAUCAGAUCUGCAUCAUCUGCAACCAACCAAUCGAUCAAGCAAAGGAUUCACUCUUUUGAGACUUUUUCCAGUCCAGAAGCUCCAGAAAAGGGGAGCAACAGAAGACCAUUGGCUCCUUCAACAACCCUCUCUCCAGUGGAGAAGGGAUCCCGAGCCCCUUGCUCUUCCUAUUCUGCCUCAAAUGGAGAUAAUGUGAAGAACAAACCUGAAUUUUCCAGAGAGAUCCAGUCCAGAGAUCCAGCACCUAGUAAGGAGGAAGACAACAUACCUGCCUCUGUUGCGCCCUGUGCCAUUGCCUCAGCCAGCAAUGAAGCUUGUCAACAAACAACAGAAAAGUCCUCUGAAGAUGAAACUCAUUUUAAUCAGUCUACCACUGAUUCCAUGUAUUCUCAGACUAUCAACACUGAUGUAGAGUCAGGGAUAAAUGAUUAUCAGUCUGCUCCAGUGCAUGACAGCAGUGAAGCCUUACCCACCAAACUGGAGUCUGAGCUUGAAAGAGUAGAUUCUGAGUGUUCUGAAACAUCUAUGAGAUCCAAUCAAACUGAAGGUCAAAAUACCUCUGACUGGACAGAGGAGGAAGGAAAGCUGUCAAGGACUACUCGGAAUGCUGCUCCAACCACAGAGAGUAACACCGUGAGCAACCCAGAGAGUGAAAGCUUGGGGAAAAUAAUUACCUUCAGUAAUCAGGUGUCACAGGCAUUGAUGUGCUCUUUGACCAUCUCUGGAGGUAAUCCUUCCUCCACAAACCUGCAGGACACUUCUUCACUGGACUCCAUUAACCAGCAGGAGUCUGAUCUAGCCUUGGACACAGGCAGAGGAUUCUCUUUCAGCCUGUUCACUUUGAGGGAGUGCAUCACUGAUCGAGGGGAGGGUGGAGUUCACAACGAGACUGCUUCUGUUUCUGCUUCUGCGCACUCUGUCAUCUCAGCUAUCAAUUCACAGGAAAUGAUUCAGGAAGUUGAGGCUUUAGAUGAAGAAACAUUGAAGCAACUAGUGGACAUCCAUGUUGUGAUUCUUCAUAAAGACGAGGGAGCUGGGCUUGGCUUUACCAUUGCUGGAGGGUCUGACCUGGAGAACAAAGCUGUUACUGUCCACAAAGUGUUUCUCAGUGGCCUGGCAGCUCAGGAGGGCACAAUUCAGAAAGGCGAUGAGAUAUUGUCUAUAAAUGGACAAACGCUGUGGGGUGUCACGCACACUGAUGCCACCACUGCUCUGCGUCAGGCCCGGAAUCUGAAGCUGGCUGUUGUUGUCAUCUGCAAGAGAGUCGUGGAGGAGGGAAGAGAGGAAGGAAGCUGUAGGAGUGAAGAGCCAAAUCCUGCUGUGGAGGAAUGGGGUGCUCCAAUGAGUGUGGAGCUGGAGAAAUGUGCUGGUGGUGUUGGCUUUACUCUGGAGGGAGGAAAAGGCUCAAUCCAUGGAGACAGACCUUUAGUCAUCAACAGGAUCUUUACAGGGGGAGCGGCAGAGCAGAGAGGUCUGCAGAGUGGAGAUGAAGUGUUGCAGGUCCAGGGAAUAAGUCUGCAAGACAUGACUCGAUUUGAGGCAUGGAACAUGAUCAAGGCUUUGCCUGAAGGACCCAUCACAGUGGUCCUCAAGAGGAGGCUGGGGGGUGCAGAAUGACCGGCACAGCUUAUGGGUGCUGAUUGAAGUAAAAAACAAAAAAACAAAAACAAAUACCCCAGGACAAAAAAAACAAAA